UCUUGGGAGCGCUGCAGCGAGUGGGGCUGCAUGCAAACGGCUUCAAGUUUCCUCCAACAAAAACUUCUAUGCUUGUUUCCACCAAGGGAAAGAAGAGCAGACCCUAACGAAGGCGGGUUCAGUAAGGAUCCUGCAGCACGCGAGUGAUCAGCCAGCAUGGGGACCGAGAAAAGGGCUCUGGAAAACCGGGGAAGUUUGCUUGGCUCUGCAGCCAGGCUGAAGAAGGGUGAUGGGGCAUCUGCUGCUCGGUUUUGAGCAAAUAGCGGCUUCCUUACUAAAGUUCCGAGAAGAGCGCUCGGCAGAAACGGCCGGGCCGGUUGGAGGGGAGAGCUAGCCUAGCACUCAGGGAGGAAGGAAGCGGCGGCCGGCAGGCGGACGUGGCCCCGGGGCCCCGCGGCCCAGGCGGGGCUCUCGGAAGGAGGCGGGGCCGCCUCGCUCGUCCUCUACUUAAAGCUGCGAGCGCCGGCCGCGCGCGCUCCCUGAGGCGUCGCAGCCGAGCGCCGAGCGGUCGAUCGCCCUCGCUCCCGCGGCCUGCGCUCCGCUCCCCGGGGGCUCCACCCGCCGUUGUAGGCGAGUGAUCCGAUAUGGAGCAUGCCUUUACCCCGCUGGAACCUCUGCUUCCCACUGGGAAUUUGAAGUACUGCCUUGUGAUUCUGAAUCAGCCUUUGGACAAAUAUUUUCACCAUCUUUGGAGCAAAGCUCUUUUAAGAGCCUGUGCUGACGGAGGUGCCAACCGCUUGUAUGACAUCACCGAAGGAAAGAGGGAAAGCUUUUUGCCUGAAUUCAUCAGUGGGGAUUUUGAUUCUAUUAGGCCUGAAGUUAGAGAAUACUACACCAUUAAGGGAUGUGAGAUUAUUUCAACUCCUGAUCAAGACCAUACUGACUUUACCAAGUGCCUUGACGUGCUCCAAAAGAAGAUAGAAGAAAAAGACCUACAGGUAGAUGUGAUCGUGACAUUGGGAGGACUUGCUGGGCGUUUUGACCAGAUCAUGGCGUCUGUGAGCACCCUGUUCCAGGUGACUCGCAUCACUCCUUUGCCAAUUAUAAUAAUGCAAGAGGAAUCUCUCAUCUACCUGCUCCAGCCGGGAAAGCACAAAUUACAUGUAGAUACUGGAAUGGAAGGUGAUUGGUGUGGCCUUAUUCCUGUUGGACAGCCAUGCAGUCAGGUUACGACAACAGGCCUGAAGUGGAACCUCACAAAUCAUAUGCUUAGUUUUGGAACACUGGUCAGUACUUCCAAUACCUACGAUGGAUCUGGUAUUGUGACUGUGGAAACGGACCAUCCGCUCCUCUGGACCAUGGCCAUCAAAAACUAACACAGCCACCGGCAUCCUCAGCUGUGCCUCUGACUUACCUCAUUUGCCAAUGACUUAUUGCUCAACAAGAACGGUUCACCGUGGUUUGCAGGAAUCUAGAACUCUCCAUGGGAAGUCCGCUAGUUUUAAAGAUGUUAAUAUUUAAAUAAUCCAGGGGACAUUAUAAAUGACAGAUCUCUGUUUUACAGUGGGGGGGGGGGAAAUCAUUAUUUGUUAAGAAAGGAAAUAAGCUCUGUUACAUUCAGUUGGAAAACUAAUGUGGAUCAUUCCACUAUAAAAUGCAGCACUGGUUAUUCUUAUGUUAUUAAUCAUUCCAUUUAUCCUAGGAAAUUGGUUUUAAUUUUGAAGCUGAGAAAGCUCUGUUGAGGGUCCUUGGUGUCCAGGAUGUAAACCUCCCAUCCUUAAAUGCUUAUCAUCAAGGGCUACUUCUGAGUGUCUAUUAAUAUUAGAUUCCUCUAUAUAAUAUAGAAAGGAAAUUCUUCCAGAUUGGAAUGUUAGAAGUACACCAUUUCACUCUGGCCUUAUUACUGUGUUUGGUGUUGUCUUUUAGGAAUACAUCCAGAAUCAUUGACCUAAUUAUUAAAUUUGAAAACAGGUAGUUAUGUAAGCUAUAGAUGAAAAGAGAAAUGACACAAAAGAUAAAUGACAGUCCAUAAAGCUCUACUAACGUAUUCACCCCAAACUCAGCUUCUGAAGUCAGUGUGCUGGGCUUUAGUGGAGUGACAGAUCCAAGUUGCCCUCAUCAUAAUUACAAUCUGGACUGAAAAUGUUAGGCAGAGGAAACUUAAGCAUAAAAAUCGAAUUGUUUCUGACAUACCUCAGACUGAAAAAAACCUUAGUUCAUAGACCACAAGGUUACCAGAUUACCAGAAAAUGGGUUUUGCAAUCCAUGGGGAUGAGUGAGCACAGUGUAUAAGGAGCCUGGUCUGAAAGCCUGCGUUCCUGUCCCUGUGCGGCCAUCCAUCUCAGUUCCCUGAACCCCCCUCCUCAGCCAGAAAAGGGAAGCGGCUGGAUGGAUGUGCCUGAGGUGCCUCCCCACACUCAGAUGCCAGACACCGACGCUAGGCUGUCAUUAGGCAGAUAAUGCCCAGUUACUAAACCAUCUGGGGCACUGAAACGUAUUUGCAUUUCUUUUAUGAUGAGACCCUCUUCUAUCCUCUUACCCUUUUCCAUCUUGUUUACCAAACCGAAUGUUGCCACACAAACCAUGAAGUAAGAACCUGCCCAACGUGGUUCCAUACCCACAGUCCCCGGGUUGCUGUAAGGAAAGGGACCAGCAGCUCUUUUCUUCCUGGUGCUACAGCAGAGGCGGCAUCAGAUUGUAAGUGGAGGAUGAAAGCAGGGUCAGCUGAACUAGCAUGCAAUUGUGAACAGUUAAUCAUUAGAAAUAAUUUUUAAAUAUUUAUGCAAAUAUAUGUGAGAUUGAAAUCUGGAGCUCAAAUAAAAAUAUUUAACUAUCA